AAUUGGAUCAUCAUAAAACCGUUCGUCCCUCGCCUUCUGUGCGAUCAUUCUCGGAUAUCGAGUAUGAUACCUGAGGUGAUGCACAAUGUUGAAAAUGACUCGCUAGAGUGGCCACUGCACAGACAAGGAAGGACAAGGACGCCUGACCGCGCACCGUCAAAAGCUUCGAUACAAACAACAACAAGAUGCCAUUUUCUAUGGGAGGUAGGAAGCUAUAACAGAUAUGGGGCUUAGCUUCUAUAUCUCAAACACCGAGGGUUAUCACCGAAACCGGACGUGACUCGGAGUAGAGUACCAGACUAUAUUACGCAGCUUAGCUCCAGACAUUGAGAUUCUUCGAGACUUCUUCACCCCAGCCAAUCUGACCUCUUCUGAACGUCACACCUAGACCACACACACAAUGUCUCUCCAGGAUAAGAUCGCGGUUGUCACCGGCGCUUCGCGUGGCAUUGGCGCUGCCAUUGCCAAAGCCUACGCCAAGGAAGGUGCUCAUAUCGCAAUUGUCUAUGCAUCGCCCUCGAGCACGGAAUCAGCAGAGGCUGUCAAGAAGGAAAUCGAGCAGUUGGGUCGUAAGGCCAUCUUGAUUCAGACAGACCUGGUCAAGGCAGACUGCGGCGAAGUUGUUUUGCGCGAGACACUGAAAGGCUUCAACACUGAGAAGAUUGACAUUCUGGUCUCUAAUGCUGGUAUCUUCAAAGAGAACCACACACUAGAAUUCGACGCAGAUCUUUUCGACAGAACGAUGGCGAUCAAUGUUCGCGCUCCGGCAGCGCUGGUCAAGUCGAUUGCUCCGCACAUGCCUCGAGGCGGUCGUGUUGUGGUCAUCUCGUCCAUGGCUUCCACAUGGUUCAGUCCUAACAUGGACAUCUACUGCGCGAGCAAGGCAGCCGUUAACGCAAUGAUGAAGUGCUGGGCUGUUUCACUGGGCAAGUCCCACGGUAUCACUGCCAACGCCAUCAACCCUGGCUUCUUCCCUACCGACAUCAACUCUCACUUCUCGGACGAGCUCCUGGAAAUGUUCAAGAACAAGCAAGCUAUUGACCACCGUCUGGCUCACACGGAUGACUUGACUGGUCUGGCAGUGUUCUUGGCCAGCGAGCAGUCUAGAUGGAUAACCGGAGAGACGGUCGAGUGCUCUGGGGGUUCUUCUCUGGGAUGAAUAUUUGCUUGUAUCUCGAGCGAGUAAUGCGGAUGUAGAGGCAUUAAACAUCACAAUAGAACCAGGAUCCUCAAACGCAGACUGCUGGCAUCGAAUCAGCUAUAAAAAGGCACAAUGUUUUUGGUCGUGAUCUAACUUUCCGCAGAGAUCGCAAAGAAGUCUCGCUCUCAGUGGUCGUCCCAACCCUAAAAAGCAACUUGCCUUCUGACAGCUAAUGGACAAGCAGUCUACAUACGGAAGCCAUAAUUCCGGCGCGAAUCCUAUUACCUUGCAUGAUUUUUUUCAGCUGUCUAGAUGGCA